UAAUGACAGCAGGUACAAGGAACUCCAGUAGGAUCUCGUAGCUUCUGAUAGGUGCCGAUUGUACUGAACCAAUUGCUUGGAUCGGUAGGUACGUAUUUACGCCAUAAUUAUCAGCAAGUAAAAGCAACUUUGAACUCCAUAGUCCGUCUUCGUGUUUUGCUCCCCAGACUUUGCAUCGCUACACAGCAUCAUCUGUGAUCCUCUUUUCCAGCAUUGCUUUGGUUUCUCUUAUACGCCUCUAAUUAUAAUUACCUACUAUCAUGGACGAUCAGUUUGGCGGGCGGACGGACGACGAUUUGUUUGCCGACGACUUCGAGCCGAUCAGCGACGACAACCAGCUCAUCGAAGAGGAUGCGCCCAUCGCAGCUACAGAAGAGUCCGCGUCGACAUUGACUGUUUUCACCGUUCCCACGGUUCCCACCGUUCCUUCUGUUCCCACUGCUCCGACUGCUUCCCCUGCUCCCCAAGAGCCUGCUCCCCAGACCAACCAGCAGCCGACUGCACAGGACAAGGGAUUAACCAGCGCGCCAUAUCCUGCCGCUACGAAGGGCCUCGCGAAUUCCAAAUACAGCGACAAACGACCCUCCUCACGUCCGCGCCGCCAGUCCCCCGCUACGCGUUCUUCCUCCAAGAAUGCCACUCCUCCACCCACCACCGCUCCCGCAGCUCCCGCCAGCCCCAGCGCAGACACGGGAACCUCCUCACGCGACAGCAAGCCCAUCGCCGCCCCCGCCGCCCCCGCCGCCGGGCCCGCCAUACCGGGCCAAAACACCGCGCUCCGAUCCGAAGAGCGAAUCAAGUCGGGCGCGAACCCGCGCACCAAGCUAACGGAAGAAGAGCUAGCGGCGCGGCUGGAGAAGAUGCGGAUCCUCAACGCGGAGACGACGCGGAAAUUCGAGCGCGCCGAGGCUGACCAGCGGACGCACGCCGAGGCGUACGCCAAGGGUAUGGAGGAGGCCCGGAAGAGGAGGAAGGCCGAGGAGGAACGGCGGCGGCGCGGGGAGGAGGAGAGGCGGCGGAUGGAUGAGGAGCGGGCGAAGAACCGCGAACGGAAGCUGCGCGCUAUGCAGAAUAAGGAAGGGGGGUGGGACCAGGGGAAGGAGGAGCAGGAGGACGUGCGGGAUUUCCAUGGCGCGCAUGGCGGUGUACGGGGUGCGAGGGGACUGAAUUCCCUGGCGGAUAGCCGAUAUGCUCGUGAUGAUGGCGAUGGCUAUUCUGCUAGCAAUCGGUUCGUCGGCGAGGAGGGGUUUCGCGGCGGCAGAGGUAGGGGUCGGGGCAGAGGCGGACCGGGUCGUGGUCGAGGUGGCCGUGGCAGCGGCGGCGGUGGUGGUUCGAACCGGGAUAGAGACGGUCUUCACGACGAUGCGCCGUCCAACGCAUCGGCGGAGCUCCCGACGAAGCCUGUCAUCAACACGGAGGAUUUUCCGGCGCUGCCCGGCACCGAGGACAAGCCGUCCCCGCUGUCGCCGCUGGCAAGCACUAACUGGGGGGAAGAAAUGGAAGCCCUAGACGAAAAAGUAGGCAAAAAGCCAUAAUAAGUAUGGGGAAAGCGAGGGAAGUAUAAGGGUAAACUGGGCGGUUUAAAUGAAAGCCGGGCGGGAAUCUGCAGCGGUAACAGAUGCGCACCAAGCCGUUAGAAGCUGCCAAGUAUAAUAAAUAUGCAGCAUGGAAGUUAGAAAAGCGAGGCUUAGGCUGAACCAGGACGACGAGGAAACUGUCGGCAAUGCAUGCCGCCUUCUUGAUGCUGGGAUGCAGUAAUUAAUUGCAAAGUAAUUGGAGCUUCAUCAAUGUAUGAUGCAUCAACAGUAAGGUAAUGUAUU